GGUGCUGCGGGCGGGCAUCGCGAGCCGACGGUCCCUUCGCUGAGCUACCCGAGGCCCAGGCGUGCGGGUCUGCGCUGCGCGUUGGGCGGGCACAGCAGAGGUUAAACACUUUGAGAUGAGGAAGGUUGAUCUCUGUUCGAGCACUGAAGGGACUGAAGUGAUUCUGGCUACCUCAAGUGAUGAGAAGCACCCACCUGAGAAUAUCAUCGAUGGGAAUCCAGAAACCUUUUGGACCACUACGGGUAUGUUUCCCCAGGAGUUCAUUAUCUGUUUUCACAAACACGUAAAGAUUGAAAAACUUGUGAUCCAAAGUUACUUAGUGCGAACUUUGAGGAUUGAAAAGACCACUUCUAAAGAGCCAUUCGACUUUGAGCUGUGGGUUGAAAAAGAUUUAGUACACACAGAGGGGCAGCUUCAAAACGAAGAAAUUAUGGCACGAGAUGGCUACGCCACUUUCUUGAGAUUCAUUAUUGUUUCAGCCUUCGACCAUUUUGCAUGUGUUCAUAGCAUUUCUGCAGAGGGACUAGCAGUCUCAAACAUUUCUUAGUAAUUACAACAAAAUGCUCUGAACUACUCUAAAAUAUAUUUAUAGAAACAAAAGUUAUCUUUGAUAUGUUUGCUAUUAAAGAGAUUUGUAUCA